AUGCCGCAGUUAAGGUCAGGGAAAGUGGUAACUGACGAGGUGAAGUCGACUGACAGGAUGGUCACCAGCCCAAGCUUUCUGGGUGCGGGGGUAGGAUGUGAGCCAGGGAAGAAGUUGCGAGUCAAGCGGAGUCCUCGCAUGGCAUCAAAGAGAAAACCUGAGCAGCCCUUACCUUCCUGUGUGCAACCUGCCAUGUCCUCCAGCAUUUCCUCUGAGCAAUUUGCUCCUCUUAAGCGCAUGCAAAAGGAGCAAGAUGAGAGUAGCCAGAGACUCCCAGGUAAAAAAAGCAAGAGCUUACAGUGCAGGAGGGCUGCCAGAAGCAACAAGGGUGUAGCUCUGCCAAUUUCAGGCACUGCUGUAGGCAGAGAUUGGCAGGCAGCUACCGUGGCUGCAGCAACGUGCUGGGAAGAGGCUGUAAAGAGAGGGAAAGGACAAGUUCGACAGCUUUUUCUCUCAGGAACUACUUUGCAAAAUAAAUUCUUAGCAGGGAUUGAAAUGAAAGAACAUAGCUUAGAAGGACCAAGUUUCCAGGAGAGUUCAGGGAGCUCAGGAAAUACGGAAAUAAAACUACAACUCUCAUCCUCAGACGAGGAAGUUAAGAGCACAGAGAGACAUGGCAGUUCCUGUUUGUCAGGACCAGAGGUGCUGCAACUCAGCAAGGGCACAUGUAGUACUGAAGUGAAAAGCACUGAUUCCGUAACGAUACUGAAGAUGCAAAUCCCAGAUCUUAAGAAGAAUUUGGGAACUCAGGAAUCCUUGUCUGAACCAAAACCUCAGGAAGAGGUAGAUACACCAGAGAAUUUGGAUGGGUGUACUUUAGUUGGAUCAAGAAAGCCAGGGGCACAGGAGAAAGGAAAGAGAUGCUUGAGCAAGAAAGGUGGGACAUCAAAACUACAAGGUCCCAGAGAGAGGGGUAGAUCUGCCUUGCUGGAGCUGCAUACACAAUGUCCAGAAUCCAAGAAAGGAGCUGUGAGUCUGAGGAAGAGGGCCAGAAAUGCACUGGUGUCGCAGUGGCUGCAGGGUCUAACUCACCAAGAACAACUAACAACCAGGGGAAAGAUGGACAGGUGUUGCAUGAAGGAAAAGCAGCAGAGCUCAAGCCCUCAGAAGGGAGCAGACAGCCUGGGGGAAAAUGCAGAGGAAAAAUGGAAGGCAAUUGACCAAGACUCCAGCACAUGGGCUAUGAAGAAACUUAAGACAAAUCAAAACAGAUCAGAAGAUUCCAAGGAAAAGAAAACUCACUACUCUAAAUCUCUUAUGGUUGCUACUUUAGGUGGGACUCAAAGCAAGAGCUUUCUAUGCUGUCCUGUAACAAAAACGUCUGGUGUGCAAUAUAAAAAAAGGAAACCCAGAAUUGAUCAAAUCAAGUGCUUGCAAGGUUUUAGUAGUGUGACUACAGCUGAAAAAGAGAGAAAUGUAUCUGCAAAAUGUAGUGCUGAACAUUGCAGAAAUGCCCUAAACCAUUGUAACAAGUUGGUCUGUGCAACAGAAAAGAACCCAUUUGUGAGAUUAGAGGCCUGUAGUUACAUCAAUAAGUUUGUGAAGUCUUCAGCUAGUGGAACUACUAGCAGUUAUAAAUUAAGUGGAUUCUUCCAUGUAGCCCAGGAUAGAAGAAAGGAUGUUUUUCCUGGUGGUACAGUAGAACAGAGUGAUAUGAAUUGCAGCACUGGUAGAAUGCAAAAUGAGAGAUCACCCGUAAAAGGUGGGGUUUUGUUUAAUAAAGAAAAAACUCAAAAUGGAGAAGGGUGUUUUUCAUGCAGCCAGAGUGAAAACAGCAAGUGGUUAAGGGGAAAAAAGUGGAAUAGUGGUAGAAAGUAUAGAAAAAAGAUGAAAAUCACUGAGAAAUCAGCAGUGCAGAAUAUUUUCACAGACAUGUCUAGUGAAUGCAGUGAGUGUGAGUUACAAACAGAAGCGGCAGUUGCCAUGUCAAGCUCAUUUGCGGUCUUGGGACUAAAUCACAAAGAAACUGUCCUGUCAGCUUCAUGUGAUCAUACAUCAGAUCUAUAUAUAGGAAAAAGUACUCAGGAAGCACAAAAGAGAAAGAAUAGUACUGAAAUACUUGCAUUUGAAGAUAGCUUUAAGAAGGCAUCCGAGCUCUCUGUAAUAGCAAAAGGAGAAAAUUCAAACAGGGUGGCACACCAUUCUACUGCCGCAGGUAGCCUGAGAGCACUAGCUCAGGUCCAUGAUGUUUCUAAUUGGCACAAAAGCAAGACAGAUGAAAAAUGGUAUGAAGUUAAUAAGGAAUUGCAGCAGUUCACCUGUCAAAGAACAGUACCUAUGACUGGUAAAAAUGUUUGGCCUGUUAAAUCUUGUGCCAGGACUUCUGAAUGGGUUCAUAAAAAUCCCAGGUCCAUCUCAGAAGGAAAAAGACUUUUAAAGGCUGCUGUUGAGGAAUCCUCUGGUAAAAGCAGUGUUGAAGAUGUCAGAAACAGUGGUGUGACUGGGAAUUUGAGACUUUUGGAUUUGUGUAUGUCAUCGGCAGAAAUUAGCAAAGAAUCUACACAUAAAAUAGUGGAUCCAAGCACUAAAUGUCUGACUUCACUUGAAACACCAGAAUUCUAUUCCAUGGGUAUUUACGAGACUUUGAGCAAUGAAAAUGUGGAAUCACCAGUCAAUAUGGAUAGAAGUGCCCUGGCUUUUAAACAUGAUGAGAGAGCUGUAACAAAAAGAAACAUGUCUGUGACAGUCCAGAAUGGUGUAUCUACAGGUAACACAAACAGAAUAAACUUCAGCCAUAAAGCAUCAGAAGAGAAACAGACAUUUUCUGAUUUAAAGCUAAUGAAAGUAUUAAACACUGGAAACCUGGCAAAAUUCAAAAUUCCUUUAUGCAGAAACAAACCUGAUUCCAGGAAAUUGGAAUCUGGCUGUUCAUUUGAAAGAAAACCCUGUAGUCCACUAGAGCUUCUUGACAGCACUAAUGUUUCAGGAAGGCAGAAGUCGAGUAAAGAGACGUUUUUGGUAAAUUCUGAGCAGCAGCCUCUUCCUCUUGCAAGUGAUGCUAUGUCUACAGUGUCCAUGAAGAAAAAAGCAGAUGAGAUCAACAGUAAGGAGUUUCAGCAUGGUGGCUCUGAAGACCUUUCGAAUGAGAUGUCUGUGCUCCCUGAACAUUUUUCUUUAUAUCCACAUCCUUUUCUUGAUGGACAACUAAGGUUGUCUGCACCUGAUUUCCAUGGUACUGAAUGUGUGCUAAAAUCUAAUUUUCCUGACCGUUCUUGGAGUGCAGUUGACCACCCUAUUGCAUUAGAAAUAAAUAAAGAUAGCAAAACAAGAGGGAAUCUUUCACAACACAACAGUCAAAAUUUUCCAGAUGUUGUUGAAGCUUAUGAAGAAGAUGUUCUUGUCAUUGAUGUGAUUCAGGAUGACCCUGACCUUUUUGGAGACAAUAAUGAAAAUGAACUUGCACUUACAGACUCUGAAAAUUGUCAUGUGAUGGCAUCCUCUACUGGCAUCUGCAUUAAAGGUGAAAAGCAGGAUCUUGAGCCUGAGUAUCCUGUCAUCUCAGAAAAUAAAGAUUCAGUAGAUGAUAAUUUUAGACAUGUUACCAUGCAAGAAUCUGGAAUAUCAAAUGAUACUGAAGAUUCCUGUGAUUGGGUGCUGAAAGCUAAAGAUAUGAAAAUGUGCAACUCCUCCAAAGGAAGCAGUCCACUGGGAGGUGUUACUGAGGACUUUCUGGAAGAUGGGCAACUGAAAGAAAUAGAUGAACUUCUAAAGAGUUUUGACGUGGAUGAAAAGUUCGGGUUUGCAGAUGGUGUGCCUGAUGUUAAACAAGAAAAAAAGGGUGAAGCUGAAAAAAGUGACUGUAAAUACGAAGAUCUUGUGAACAAUGAAUUGCUGUCAGGAUUGCCGUUGCAUGCCCCGAAAGCUUCUCAUUCAGUCCAGCAGAUCCUUGAGACGAUUGAAUUGCCCCGUAAAUAUUGCAGAUUUUAUUUCACAACUUUGCGUGGGUGUGAAAGAGCAAAAUGUUGGUUUUGGCAUGUUCCUGAGCAAGGGGAUGAAAAGAUUUGCAUGGCGAUACUUGGGACCUACAUUAGCAUCAAAGAAUCAGGCCUUUUAAAACGUGCAGUCCAAAUAUUUGUGAAAUAUUACAGAGAAGUUACUCCUGGUGUGGAUUUUGCUUUUCAAGUGCUGAAUGAUCUUCUCAUUUCUUUGCUCGACAACUGUUUGUUGCAGGAAGUAUUUCAGAUACUGAAUGUAACUGUACGAAUCAAUACACUGCCAGCUGUCGAUGUUCUUCUGAAAGUUUUUGAGCAUGUGGCUUCUUUGAAUAUGAGAGACGCAGUGCCUACAUUAAUCAGUAUCUUUUGUAAGCUCAUUGACGCUGGUAUGUUCCUUGAGUUUGAACAUUUUGACUGUAUUAUUAAGUUUCUUCACCAAUUGCAAGUUUCCAGUCAGGAGAUAAAUACUGUUUUGAACAUAAAAUCCAGAUUUCAGGAAAGACAUUUUGAAAAGAACUGGCUUUUUGACUUCAGCUUGGCAGUGGCCGAAAUUCAGCAUUGCAAGGAAAAAAGCAAUUGGACCAAGCUGGGAGAUUUGUAUGUUAAUGCAAGAACUGGAUGUGAACAUUUUGAUGAUAUUCAGAAAUUGUCUUUAUGUGUUGCUGAAAUACUAACCAGAGAUUCUGAGACAGACAAACCUGGAGUUCCUUUUUGUGAUUUUGCUGAUGCAGUAAUAAAAAAUUCACAACAUAGUGAAGCAGACAGAAUUUUCAUUGGAAGGACUGGGAUAAGUGUAAUGUAUUCCUAUCACAAAGUAAUGCAGUGGACAAAGGGAAGGAAGGUUUUGGAUAAAUUGCAUGAGCUACAGAUACAUUUUACAGUCUUGAAAGGACUUAUAGGUGCAGGGAGUUUAGCAUCAAGAUGUCAAAUUAUUAAUAAAGCUGCAGAAAUUUUUCUUAAAACUGGAAGUUUGGAUGGAGCAACAUGGGUAUUGAGAGAGUCAGAGUGGACCACAAAUACACCAUUGUGGGCCUGUGAUAAAAUGGACAUCCUCGAUCGACAUAAUUUGUUAUGUACGCUAGUGCACAAAUACUUGAGGAAGAGUUUAUACAGACAGGCAUUUGAAGUUCUGCAGAACUUACCAGGUUUUCAAAUUUGUUCUGAUACUGUAGAUGUUUCUCAGUACAGCUACCUUUUUAACGAGCUGAUAAGUGCCUGUUUUGAGAGCAAGAACCUUGGGGUCUUAUCUUCUGCAGUAGACUUCAUGCUUUCAAAAAACAUAGCUAUUGAUUUUUUUUUACUUAGAAGAUUAAUCACAGCUUUGGGAAGAAGUUCUUUGUGGUCUAAAGCUAGGACCUAUUACAAAAGUGCUUUAGCAUUGGGUUGCUACCCACCACUGCAGGGAAAUUUAUAUCACAAACGUUUGAUCAUUCCGUCUUACCUGUCUGAGGUUGAGAUGCUGUUGGCCAUUGAAAUAUUUCUUGUUUCAAAUGCCAGUGAUAUUCAAAGUCCAAUGGCUACUAGUCAGACUCUUCAAAUAAUACUGAAAAGAUCUGAAGAUCAGACAGUUCAGAAUAACAGUGACUAUUCAGCGGCAGUGGAGAGACUGAUCCUGGCUGCUCGUGUAUCUGAUCCAAAGCUUUUUCUUAAGUAUAUGACAAUGAAUGUUAAUAUGGAGGAAGUUUACAGCUUGGAGCUUACAUCUGCGCUAAAAUGGCUUCAGGAGAAUAUGAAAUGGGCUGGGAAGGUCUGGCUGUUUCAGUAG